AUGUCAGAGACGUACGUUUCGCGCAAUUGCGAGCACAAUCCAGCACGCUUACCACCCUCCGACAGUCGGUCUUUGGCAGUUGCGGUCCCCGAAGACACCAUCGAACAGGCCUCAGAUACGAAUGGUUUGAAACGGCGGCAUUCAGAAGUUUCGGAGCAGGAGAGCAAGCGGCGGCGAACAAGUCCGGGUAAGAAUUCACCAACAGCGACGGAGGAUACGGCCCACUCGGAACAACGGCAACAGGCCGAGAAGGACACAAGCGCGAAUAUCGAAAGCACAACAAAGCCUGCGACGAUAGAGAACCCGCCGACCGCCAGGGGACCACGGAGAAGAGCUGGAGUACCUGAUGAGAAGCAGCGCAGCAAGCGACUGUUCGGUGCGCUUCUCGGAAACUUGAACCAGCCAGGCGGCGAGAAGACAUCGAAGCGACGUGCGGAAAUUGAGCAACGAAGAAAGGCUGAGCUCCAGAAGCAGGAUGACGAGCGCAUCGAAGAUCGACAGCGAAGACUGGAGCAUCUUGCCAUUCAGCGCAAGAAGGAGCAGAUAAGAGUUGACGAGGAGAACGUAUGUUGUGAAAAUCUGCAAAGACGUGAUGUCUAGGCUAACAGGAUGUGCAGAUGCACAUACGGCAUCAACAUCUGCUGCACACUGCGAACUGUCUCCAAACUAAAGCAGAGCCGCCAUUAGUAGGUCUUGCAAAUAUCAACAUGCAGCACAGGGAUUUGAGGCUAACGAUAUGCAGUACUAUCGUCCCUGGGAUCUCUUACCCGACGAAGAAGACCGAAUCGAUGACCAGCUCAAGGAAGCUCGUGAAAGGGUUGACAGAGAGCUUGCGGAGUUUGAAGAAGAGAAACGGAGAAGACUGGGUGACUUGGAAGGAUCAAACGGCACGUCUUCGUCUUAAUGAGCAUCUCUACGCAUGCUAACAUGUAGCAAAGGCGACAAGCGUGCUGAAGAAGCUCCGGGGCGUGCUCAUAGCGCUACUCCAGAAGUCGAUGCAGAGAAGCCCCCAGAAGCUGUUGACGAACAAGUGCAGAACGGCGAUACUGACCAAGAUCUAUCAAACGGCUCUGCCAACGACGAAAGCGUUGCAAAGGAGGCCGAGACUUCCCAGCUCGACUCAGCUGCACCUGCAGAGGCUGAGGAGUCAACAGAGGACAUUCACUCAGGGAAAGCUGACGAGGUGGAAGAAGGUAAGGUGCAGGGGGAGGAGAAGAAAGAGGAGGAAGUGGAAGAGGACGGCGAGCACGUCGUCGAAGGCGAUGAGGAUACCGUGGUUUAUUGA